GACGCGCUAUUUUUUAACGAAACUUUUGACAAAUUGUCUGUGUGUGUAUGUGUGCGCCAUCUGUGUGAGUGAUAGUUCCCGGAAAGAGGAGUUUUUCCAUUGUUUAUUGAUUUUUUAUGAUAAAUUUAUUCCAAGAAAUUCUCAAUGUCAAUGUUCUCACAAGAAAGCAUCGUAUCUUCCAUCCGGGAUGGCAAGACAAGUUACCUCUUGGAAUAUAUUGAGGAAAAUCUCAAAAAACAUUCCCUGACCCACUCCCGGGAUGACCCGGAUGACCCUCAGUGUGACUUCCUGGAAAGCCUCCAGUAUGUCUUGGAGAUUUUUAUCACAUCCACGUCAAUUUAUUUGGAAGGAAAAGCUGAGAAUGGGGAGGAUAUUGCGGGAAAUCUUCUCAAAAGCUGCCUGAAGUUCAUGAAAAUUAGCUGUGUCCACGGGAAGGCUCUCCAGGGAAUGAUUGUGAAGCAAACUAGAGCCUUGGAAGCUAUGAAAUCCAUCCUGCAAAGUCAUUUGAAGACUCAAGAAAGCGCAACCAUUAAGAAAUGGACGUGGCAUCUCCUGGCUAAUGUUCUUGUGGACAAUGUGGAAACUCUGAAGAUCAUGUGGCCGCCCUUUGGGAACUUCCUCCUCAAAGAAGUCCUUGAGGAUCAUGAAAAUUCGGGAACAACAGCUGCCGUCAUCUACUACUCCCUUAGACUUGCUCUUCUCAAUAAUGUCCAGGAAAUUCCUACCGUAGAGAUGUUUAGACACAUUAUUGGAGCCCUGGAGAGGAAUGUGGAGAGUUCAGGAAGCAACAGGAUGGAUUUUAUUCAUCUCUCUUUUGAAUUUUUGCUCACGGAAUCGGAUAAAUUUGGAGAAAUCUUCUCACAGCUCUGCGGACAUGACCGGAUCUGGAUGAUUUACUACAUUACUGAUCACGUGAAGGAUUCCCAGGAAGGGGAUAUUAGAAAAGACGUCCUUCUGUACCUUCCGCGUGAAUUUAACAAGAAAUCUGAAUGUAUUCUCAACAGUAAGAGUCCCAAAUACCACGAAGAUGAUCCGAAGGAAGUUAUGGCACUACUCAGAUGCUUUGUGGCUGUGACUGGAAGUGAGAAGUACGCCAAAAUCUACAGUCAGGAAGGUUCUUUCUUCAUCAAUGUCUGUGCCCUUCUUGUAGCUGUUCAGACACUGAGUUCCCAAGGCGAUGCACCCUUUGCACCCCUUGGGAAGCUGGAAGACUUCUCAAGCACCUCCGAAGCGGCUCAGGAAGCUGAAAAGGAGAUUUUCUUUGAGCUAAAAACCCUCCUGGUGAGAUUAAUUGCAAAUCUCUCCCACAAAAACCGGAAGAAUCAAGACUUGGCCAGGGAAAUAAAGGCUCUCAUAACUAUUUGUGGAUGCACUACAAUGGAUGCCAGGAAUCCUAUGAUGAAGGAAUGGGCAAUUGUGGCUCUAAAGAACCUCCUGGAGGGUAAUGCAGAGAAUCAGAAUGUCAUCCAUUCGCUGGUGAAUCAGGGACCAGCCGCCAAUGAGGUUCUUGCGGAGUUGAUGAUGGAAAAUGGUUCAGUACGAAUAAAUCGCAAUUAGAAGCAAUAAAAGCCCCAUCAGGAAGGUUGGUUAGUGCUGGAGAGGAAGGAAUGCGAGAUGGUGAGCAGCUUUUGCGUAAUUUUAUUAUCAGAAGCUCAGUCUUUACAGGAGAAGCCACAAGGGGAGAAUAUCUGGAAAAAUUAAAUUAAAUUUCGUCAUUUUUCAGUUAUUUUUUCAAAUAAAAUUAAUUUAAAUGAA